AUGCCCAGUAGCCCGACCCCUUACCCUGACCCUGACCCUGACCCUGACCCGUACCCGUCCCCGUCCCCGAAGCCCGAGUCCGUGCUAGCCAACAGCAGCCACCAUCGUCUUUCUUGGUCUGUUCUUGGAGCCAGCCGUCCGGUCUGUCUGGUCCAUUCCAUCCAUUCCUUUCUGACACUGAUCCCAUCCGAUCUUGUCCUUCCUCCUCCCUCCUCCCUCCUCCCUCAUCCCUCCUCACUCCUUCCCCCCCUCCCCACUCACCCCCUUCCCCCUUCCCCCCCUUCCCCCUCCCCCCCUCCCCCCUCCCCCCUCCCCCAGCACAGCACAGGCUGCAUGCGAAGAACCAUCGAACGACCACGACCUCGACCUCGACCUGGCCAUCAACGCCCAAGACCAACAACUACUACUACUACUUCGGUCGGUCCAUUGAAGAUGGAGCCCGAGGCCGCCUCAGUCCCGGCCGCACAAUGGGCCAGGAUGCACGCGCCCGAGGGUCUGCGACAGCGACAGCGAGACCGCCUGGCUCCUCGAGGAAGGCUUGGCCCCCCCGCUCGCAUCGAGACGACCGUUCGCGAGGUCGACGGACUGCCAAAGAAUGGAAUCACGCUCGCGCCGGCACCGCGGUCCAGGCUGACGGGCAAACGCUCGCUCGCGCUGGCCAAGAAGAAGCAAUCGGAGGAGGGAUUGCGCAAAGAAAAUAGUCUCAGUCGGAGGGCCAAGAGAGAAGCCGAGGACGCCCGCUUCGAGAUCACCCCCGACGGGAGCUCUGCGGGACGCGAGGGCCGACAGUUCACCGUCGCGAAAGUCGGGAAUAAUGGCAAGAUCUAUUUACGCCCGACCAUACGUCCUUCCAAUCAGAGAUAUCCGCAACCGUCGUUCGUGUUCCCCAUCACGCCGCCCAGCACGGCCGGUCUCGAUGCCUUGGUCGCCCGGAGCGAGGCGGGCGACGAUUCGCAGUAUGGGAGCCUAUGGACGUCGUCCCGGACACCUUCGAUGCCGGCCGGACCUGGGAGCGAGCAGGCGAAAGCCUCGAGAGCGCCGCGCCGGCAACGGGCCCAGUCCGCCUCGACGGUAGGAGACCAGCACUUGCCAGUCUUGGGCUCGGGCGCAGGCGCGUUCAAGAUUGUGAUUGAGAGACCAGCAACCAAGCCCAAAGCUCCCGAACCACCUUUCGGGGGAAUCCCGACGUUGGAAGUCUCUAUCCCCUCCCAUAAACUGGGAACCCCGCGCUUUAGCACGAGAGGCACUGCGCUCAUACGAGGGUCCUCGUAUACCACGACCGAUGCUGAGCGUUCCAGUGGUGUAUCCUCGCAGGUCCUGAGUUUGCAUCGACCAAGCCAAACCCUGUCGAGACGACAUUCCGACGCGUCGCCUCAGCAGCUUUUCUCGCCUACAGCUCCCAGUAUCCCGCUCCAUAGGGGGCCCGUCUGUCCCCCCAAGCUCCUGCGCCAAGGCACGGCCAUCGUCCCUGAGAUGUUCGACACGCUGACCUUCAAGCCGGCAUGUGACCACCCGUCGAUUGUGCGAUAUGCGGUGGGCGGCGGUAUCCGAGCAGCGACCCCAGCACGCCUCGUCGCGGAGAUUACAUCACCCACAUUCGUAGAUUACGAUCUCCUAUCCGACUUCUUCUUAUCAUACCGCUCCUUCCUGGACACGACGGACCUCUUACACAUGCUCAUUGCACGGCUGAGGUGGGCCCUGGCCCGAGACGACGAGAUGGGAACCGUCGUCCGGGUCAGGACCUUCGUUGCGAUCCGACACUGGGUCCUGAACUACUUUCUGGAUGACUACGUGGUGGAUUAUGAUCUGCGGAAAUCUUUUUGCGACCUGCUGAAUGGGUUUGUGGACGAGCUACUCCAGGACCCAUCGCGAACGAAGGUGCCGCUGAAGAUGCUUGCCGAGUUGAAAAAAUGCUGGAGAAGGGUGUGCGCGCUCUACUGGGACGGACCGGAAUUCGAGGGCGAGUUCGACAGCCAUGUUCCCAUCCUGCCGGGUGGAGUUGCGGGUUCUAGAAACCCCGCGCUGGACCCGACCUUCUGGCAAACCCGUCCCGAAGGACCUCCACGGCUGGAUGGUAUCAUACAGCCGGACUUUGCCGAGCAGCCCAACACCGCUGGAGGUCGGCGAGAUUUCUUUGCCGAUGUUUCGCGGGCUGGCCACCCGCACUCAGUCUCGGAUCCUCCGCGUGAUCUACAUGAUCCGGCCCAAGAUUCCUACGACAGCCAACCCCGCCGCCCGCCCUCAAGCCUACUCAGUGAAGACUUUGUCUCGUGCUCGUUUCCUUCCCGCCAGCGGUCUGGAUCGGCACGGGCGGUGGGAGCCCAUCCCGUACCAGCCAGCUCGAUAUACGAACCUCUCCCUCCUGUGGCGACGACGCCCAAAUCUCUUGCUGGCAAGCGCGUCCGUCCCGUGCAUGCACACAAGCGAAGCGCGAGCUUCUCGGACUCCUACAGAGACAGACGCACGACGCCGCAACAUGAACGGAGAUUGCAGCAGCCGGUGCAAAAGGUCAUCUUCAAAAGUACGGAAUUACUCCUUGCCUUGCCAUACGCUGGAAGUAUUGUCAGAGGUAAUUUGUUUCCACCUGGGCAAGCCUUCGUCGAUGUGAUUGCCCCCACGACACCUGCAGAGGUAGAUCGCGCAACGACACUGUUUCCCGACAUCCCGUCGGAACAGAAGGGCCCGUCCGCCAUGUCAGGUCCUGGGAUGAAGAGGCUGCUGGGAAGUGUGCGUCGGGCCCUGAGCUCUAGAACCGGGGGCCUCGGUGGAAUCCCCAGUGCCUCUCCCACCCAAGGUAGCUUUCCCAAUAUCCCGCCCUUGGGUGUCCGCGGAGCGACUGUCAAUCGUCUUCCGGGAACCGCCGUUGUCCCACAGGCUCGGUCGCGAGAUGCGGCGCUGCCCAUGCGAAUCGACUUGCUCGGUGCGGAGAUUGCGGAAGAUUUUAAGAAGGCUGUAAGAGAGGAUGCCGAGGCCGAAGCGGAAGCCCAAGCCGAAGCGGAAGCCGAAACCGAAGCCAAACCCGAAGCCGAAGCAGCAGCUGAGCAGCGCGAGACCGACGACCGCAGAUCAGAAGGAGGCGGGCAGUAUGCUGGCCUCCAGUACUCCUCCAUGGCGCCGGACACAACUGACGAGCAACCCGAGGAUCGGAGAGAACUGGUGAGCGAGAUGAACGCGCGUAGCAAUUCGUAUCCGAACUUGGAAAAUACCACGGAGCUAUCCGUCAUGACUGGCGCGUUAGCCCGUAGGCUAUCGGCAGACAGCCCUCCGGAUCUGUAUAUUCAUCCUUCUGGUGGCCCCACGCCGCCCUCCACUCCACCCGAUGUCACGCUGGGAACUCCAAGGCGAACGCCACAUGUUCCAGCUGAUCACGCGAGACCAUGCUCGACCUCUUUGGAAGGCACUCCAUCCUUGGUGGUAGAUCCACGACCGUCCGGAGAAGAUGAGCGCUCCCCGUGCCAUCGGCCACCCGGAAGACUUGGCGUGAAAAAUCCAAAAGGUCUUGCAUACAGAACCAAGAGAUCUGGGUCCUUGCGACGUCAUGCUUCCUUCCACAGUGGGUUCGAACGGCAUCGAAGCGAGUGCAGCUUCGAUGCGGCAAGCUUCUCGGAAUACGAGGACCCAGAGCGUGUUUCCCACGUCUCAUCCGCCCUCUCCCCACUCAGAGUCCUGCGACGGCGCCCUGGGGGAGAUUUGAGAGCCGUCUCACAUGUGGGAGAUCUCGAUACCCAAGAAAACCGCCGGCCGAUGUCAACUGGCUCAUUGACCGCUUACUCCGAAUCGAUCCGUAGCUCUUACCUAUUGGGGCCCGGAUCAAGCCAUUACGUGGACGUCGUCAACAGCGACUACGAUCAUACAGAUACUCACGAGCAGGACCACUCUCCUGGUGCCCUGACUGAACUCGGCCCCAAGUCCCACGUAUCCCUUUUGAGUACCCUGUCAUCUCAGCCAGUCAUGCGACCUUCGUUUGCGAAAGAAGCAGCCAUGCUCGCCCAGAUCCCUGAUGAUGACGAUGACGAUGGAGGUGUCGAGUCUGCUCUAUUGAAGCUGGAGGGAAAGUUCGAGAAACGAUGCUCUGACGUCUCCAGAAGCCUGAAACCCACUCCUGUUGGCAUCGACAGCUUCGACCGCUUUCCUCUCGAUGUGAGCACGUUGGCCCUAGAGCAUGAAGACGCAGGGGAGAAGCGACGACAUCGGCAGCGGCAUAUUGUGGAGCCCGCGCCCUCAGAGUCCUUGCCACGGCCUGCGCCAUAUCGACCUCAGUAUCGACAGUUCCUGGAAGAAGUGAGGCCGUCGGUGUAUCAGCCCGAAGGAUGUCAACCUGCGCCUCCGCUCUUAUCGCCCCGAUCCGUCGAGUCAUACAACUCUAUCCCACUUCUCGAACGUGAGUUGACUGGGGACAGCUAUGUGAGGGAAAAUCGAAGACGGUCAGCGCGUUCUGUACUGCAUGGCGAAAGUACAGAGGGACCGGACUAUGACGAACACAACCCGGAAUCUUCCCACGUGAAGUCUAUUGGUUUCAUGGAAGAGACAGACAGCAUGAGAGGGAUCUCCGCAGGGGAGUCUCGAGAUGAUGGGGACCGAUCUCUCUUGGACAGCGAGAAGGGCGAUCUUUCUUCGGAAAUUUCGCUUGAAAGUAUCUCAGAGAUGGGGCACACCGAACAAGAUUCCAGCACCGCUCAAUCAUUCCUCCCCACCAAAGGGACCGCCCUCUCACAUCCCCAUCGCCAACCGCCAUCCCCCCCAAUGACAAUGUUACAGGCACUCAAUCUUGGUCCCCCCUCGCCUCUACCACAAGAAUCAUACAGUACCCUUCCCCCAACACCAGAGAUUACGCCAACUGGAGCGUUCUCCGUGAAGGAAUCCGGAGUAGAGAGGGGCGCAUCUCCUGCGACGGAAUCGCUGCGAAGCCACCGCAUAUCUGAACCCUCUCGAAAGACAUCGGUCCAUCUGCCCUUCGUACUAGCCUUUGACUCUCAGGUCCUUGCUCAGCAGUUCACACUGAUAGAGAAAGAUGCACUCAACGAGAUCGAUUGGAAGGAUCUGAUCGAAAUGUGUUGGAAGGAUGUGUCUACCGAAUCUCGCUCGUGGGUUGAGUUCCUCCGCCAACAAGAGCCGCGUGGAGUUGAAGUUGUCAUUGCCAGAUUCAACUUGAUGGUCAAGUGGGCCGUGUCAGAAAUUGUUCUCACUCAGGAUCUCGUGGAGCGUGUCCGCUGCAUCAUCAAGUUUAUCCACAUUGCAGCACAUUGCCGCAGCUACCGCAACUUUGCGACUAUGGCUCAACUCACCGUUGCUCUCACAUCCAAGGAGAUCUCCCGCCUGGUCAAGACAUGGGCACACGUGCCUGCUGCUGAUAAGGAAACCCUGAGACAUCUUGAACUCCUCGUGACACCGACUCAGAACUUCCAUAGCCUCCGGGCUGAGAUGGAAGGAGCUGGAGCAGGUCAAGGCUGCAUCCCCUUCGUUUGCAUCUAUACGCAUGAUCUUCUGGUCAACUCCGAACGUCCAAGCCAGAUUGCCAGUACUCCAACCACCGAACCACUGGUCAACUUCGAGAAAUGUCGGACAGACGCGACUAUCGUCAAGAACCUGCUUCGAUUACUCGAGGCCAGUUCCUUGUACCAGUUCCAACCGAUUGAGGGCAUCACCGAGCGAUGUCUCUGGAUGGCUGCUCUGACCGAUGAGGAGAUUACGAGAUAUGGGAAGGCAAUUCAUGAAUGA